CAGGAAGUGAACAUUUCCAAAAGAUGCAUUUAUUUUCUUGUGUAUUUUUACAAAUAUGGUGUAAAAUCAUAAACAAUUGUUUUGACCAAGAUUUAAACUAGUAAGGUUUGACAAGGAGCUAUGUAUAGAAUUAAAAUAUGGAUAUUCCUGUCCCAGUGUGCGGUGUUUAUAGCUUUGUGUUCUCAACUUGUAAAUUCCACUCCAAAGGCUCACAAUCCACUCACUGUUCAAGAGCCAUUGGUGUUUGUAUCGACUCUUGAUGGCUCAUUCCAUGCUGUUAGCAAGAAAACUGGACGAAGUCUCUGGUCUUUGAAGGAAGAACCAGUAUUGAAGGUCCCGACAGAUAUGACACAAGGGCCUGUGUUCUUACCAGAUCCCAAAGAUGGUAGUCUGUACACUUUUGGUGAGAAAAAUGAGGGACUUAAAAAACUUCCCUUCACCAUCCCUGAACUGGUUUCUGCCUCACCCUGUAAAAGCAAUGAUGGCAUCCUAUAUACAGGUUUCAAGAAGGAUGUGUGGUAUGCAAUAGACCCCAUCACAGGUGCUAAGCUACAAACUCUCACCAUGGAUGGGCCACAGAAGGUUUGUCCUUCUGCAGCUGAUAACACAAUCUUCAUAGGCAGAACAGAGUUCACUAUCACGAUGUUUGACAGCAAAACCAGGGAGAAGAGAUGGAAUGCUACAUUCAUGGACUACUCUGCACAUCUUAACACUGAUAUCACAGAAUAUGAAUUCCGUCAUUUUACCUCAAGCUCCAAUGGAAUAGUCAUCACACUUGACAUGCACAGUGGUGACAUCAUGUGGAAUAGGGAUUAUGGGUCGCCUAUAGUUGCCAUGUACAACCUUGAUCCAGAAGGAUUACGACGUGUUCCAUUCACAAGUAUAGGAUACGAAACCUUGGAGCAUUUAACAGGUCAACUAGCUUCUGCUGCCUGGAAGACACGUUUUCUGGAACAUUCCGGAAAAGAACAAACAUUUCAUCCUACAUUAUAUGUGGGUGAAUACAAAAAUGGCAUUUAUGCCAUACCAUCUUGGGUAGAUGAAGGGACAGUCACUAUAGCCCCUAAAAAUAAAGGACCCCUUCUACUAGAGGGUCCUAAAAACCCUGCAGAACAACCAAAGGCCCCUCCACAGAAGCAUAACACACACAAAGAUAGUAUAACAGCCCACACCGUCAGACGGGGAGGUGGUGUAUUAAUGAUAGGUUAUCAUGAAGUUCCAGAUUUGAGCCAGUCAACAAUAAAGCAGCAACUUCCAGAUAAAUCAGAGAAAAUUAUUCUCCCAAAGCCAAAGGCUCCUGAGAAAGACCCUGCCCACAAUGUAUCGACAAAAUCGAGUCCUGAGACACCACGUCAGGACUAUAUAAAUAGUGACGUCAAAUUUGUGACAAUUGUGGUACUCGCAUUGUCAACUAUCAUAGCUGUCAUAUAUUUCAUUCCAAGGAAAACGGAGGAGUCAAUCAAGAUCAUGCUACAGAAGCAGAUAGAGGAACAGCAGAAGAUACAAGAGGAUGCUAUUAAAAUGAAGCAGGAACAGAUAUCUCAGCAGACCCCACUACCUGGACGCAACCCCACACCAGCUGUUCUCAAUGAAGAUCUUGCCAAGGGAUAUGUUCAAGUUGGAAAAAUCAUGUUUAAUCCCAAAGAUAUCCUUGGCCAUGGUUGUGAGGGCACAUUUGUUUAUAGGGGAAGAUUUGACAACAGAGAUGUUGCGGUGAAGAGAUUGUUACCAGAAUGUUUCAGUUUUGCCGAUCGCGAAGUAGAGCUUUUGAGAGAGUCGGACCAACACCCGAAUGUCAUACGAUACUUUUGUAUGGAGGCUGACUCUCAGUUCCGAUACAUUGCACUAGAAUUGUGCAUAGCCAGCGUACAGGACUAUGUGGAGAAUAGAAGUUUUGACAGACGUGGUUUGGACCCUGUUACUAUACUACAACAGGCUAUGAGUGGCUUAGCUCACUUACACUCUUUAAACAUAGUUCAUAGAGACAUAAAACCACACAAUGUGUUGAUAUCUAAGCCAGAUAAUAGAGGCAACAUCAGGGCCAUGAUCUCAGAUUUUGGUUUAUGUAAAAAGCUAGCUGCGGGGAGGAUGUCGUUCUCUCGGAGAUCUGGAGCUGCUGGAACUGAGGGUUGGAUUGCCCCAGAAAUGUUAGAUGGCAAUAAAAGCACAACCUGCUCAGUCGACAUAUUCUCGGCAGGAUGUGUGUUUUAUUACGUCCUGUCACGCGGGAAACAUCCAUUUGGCGAUUCUCUUCAUAGACAGGCAAACAUUUUAGAGCCUGGGGGACGUUACAAUCUCGACAAGAUAGCUGCAGAUGAACAUACAUUAAGUCGUGAUCUGAUAGAGAGCAUGAUAAAACAUGAUGCAGAGUCAAGACCAUCUGCAGAAACUGUGCUCAGGCAUCCUUUCUUCUGGAAUAGAGAGAGGCAGCUCAUGUUCUUUCAAGAUGUCAGUGAUAGGAUAGAGAAGGAGUCUGCAGACAAUGGCAUUAUAGUUGUACUGGAAAAUGGUGGCUUAAACAUUGAUCUGGCUGUGGUUAAAGGAGAUUGGAGAGAGCAUAUAUCACAAGAGUUACAAACAGAUUUAAGAAAAUUCCGAACUUACAAAGGGAGCUCAGUUCGUGAUCUCUUACGUGCCAUGAGAAAUAAGAAACAUCACUAUAGAGAACUUCCCCGUGAAGUCCAGCAAUCAUUGGGUACAAUUCCCGAACAAUUUGUGCAGUACUUUACAUCGCGUUUUCCCCUCCUACUCCUCCAUGUGUAUCUCGUGAUGAGAUGCUGCAAGUUUGAGAGGCAAUUCCAACAAUAUUAUGAACUCACUAACCAAAAACAUUCCUACCAUAGUUGAAUCCAUUGUAGAUUGAUUGAAUCAUUUAUGAUUGAUUGAAUCAUUAUGGGUGAUUGAAAAAUCAUAUAUGGUUAAUUAGUGCAAUAAUGCACAAGCGCACAUUAUGCUCCUGUGUAUAAAUUAAUGAAAAUACAUUAAUAUAAGAAUUAGAUGUAGUCGGGAAUUUGGUCAAAAUAUUAAAGAGUUAAAAUGAUUUGGCAUGCUUCCCAUUAUUGUUGAACCUCAAGGAUAUUUAUACGUAACUGAUGUAACACUAAUUUGUCAGAAACACAUAGAUAUUUAAAUUCUGUUGAUUUGACAUCUUGUUUUUAUUGCGCUGUACAUGUAUUUACAAAAGUUGAAUUCUGUACCCCCUAUUUCACAAAAUUGUUUUUACAAUAAAGUCACAUAGUUCAUAGUUUGAAUCAAUAUGUAAAGUUUCAUGCAGAGAAAUAUGAAAAUAUUUCAUUUUAAAAAGAUUGUAUAGUUUUUGUAUUGUAUAGUGAUAAUUUUUAUGCUACCUUGUGCUUUUGAAUAGGAUAUUAAGAUUCCAUGCAGAACUUGUAUUUCAUCUAACAAAUAAGUAAAUAAAUGAUGACGAUAUAGAUUUGAUCGAUUGAGUUGGUUUGAUUUCUGCAAUAAUGUGAAAAAAAGACAGUAUUGUUCAAUUCAGAAAAUUUCAUCGCAGAAAAUCAUCAACCAUCACUUCAGUUUUAAGAAGUCAAUUAUUGGGUUGAUAAACAGUUCUCAUGGGGAUUAUAUAUUUUGUGAAGAAAAUAGGGUGGAUUAGGGUUGAUAGUUGAUACCAUGACAAAUUCUCAUCUCUAUGCACUUUUAGUUCUAGAAAUAAUGAUUUACUGGAUAUUUGAUCUUCAAUUGUUAGAAAACUUUGAAUUUCUUUGAGAUUCAGGUAUUCCUUAUUCUGAAUUUUUUUUUUAAAUUGAGCCCUGAGAAAGUUAGACCUUAUUUCGGAGCACUUAUAUUUUGUAAUUAAUAAAAGCGUGCAUUUGUGUGCUUUUUGACACAUUAAUUUUUAAUAAUAUUAGGUCAGAUGUAAAAGUGUUUCAAAAGGAAAUUUCAUUGAAUAUUUAAUUACUCUCCAACCUAAUCCAUAUUUUACAUGAAUUCAAUCCAAACCCACUCGAUUCAACCCAUUUUAUAUUACUUGCCAUAAAAUGAGACGCUCAAAUUCACAAAAAAAUAUUUUUGGGGUGCAGAAAAUUUUUUCUAAGUAUAAACAAGUCUAUAUAAUUGUACAUAUUAUUUGAGUAAUGUCAAAGGGAGGUUUUUUGUUUUACUGUACUGGCUUAAAAGGAUAAAAUAAGAGAUUUGUAAAUAAUGUUUAAAACCUAUUUAUUUCAUGAUUUUAGUUCAAGUAGUACAUGUUGUAAUGUUUUAUCAUUCAAGAAAUCCAUUUCUGUACUUUUUGCAGUUAUAUGUAAAUGAUUUUUGAGUGCCAUAAUAGGCAUGUAGUCUGUUCAUUGUAGUUACAAUAACAAUGCAUGUAUAUGGUGUUACAAAGAUCAGGCUUUCACUUUAUUUUUCAUAUGCAUGUCCUCCAUAAAGGCCAAUAAAGCUUCUUUUCUACUGGUAUUUCAUCAAUAAGUGGUGAUAUUUAUCUAUUUUUGUGACUGGCAUUUAAGCAUAUAGAGUUUGUAUCUGUGUCAAUGCCUGUAACAAUCGUUACACCUUAGUAACCAUUUGCAUUAACUUCAGAAUUAAAUGAGGUGUGAUCUUGAAGGUUCUCUAAUAUUUUUUUGAAUUUUGUAUUCAAUAUAUUCAGAUGAGACUUUCAAAGAAUAUGCAAUGUAAGGCCAGCAAAAUUAUUUAGAAAUGGCUGCCAUAGUAACCAAACAUUCAGGGACCCAUGGUAACUACAAAACUUACAUGAAUAACCUCCUUUAAC